AUGGAGACUGGUGAAUCAAAUAGAACUGCUAGUUUUCGUAUAGGUAGUAUGCUUAGUUCUCAUGGUAGCAGUUUUCGUGCUAGUAGCUUUCGCAGUUUUCAUGCUAGUAGUUUUCACGAUGAAGAAGCUCUGAAAUGGGCAGCUAUAGAGACACUCCCCUCAUUCCGUCGUAUAAGGGAAAAUAUACUGUCAAUAGCAGAGGAUCAGGGGAAUGAAAUUGAUAUUGAGGAUCUUGGGGUUGCAGAGAGGAAGAUUUUGUUAGAUAAAUCAACCGAAGUCAAAGAGGAGGACCAUUUGAAGUUCUUGUUGAAGCUCAAGAACCGCCUUGAUGAAGUUGGAAUUGAUAUUCCAACGAUCGAAGUCCGCUUUGAACGUGUAAAUGUAGAUGCAGAAGCUUAUGUGGGAAUCAGAGCCUUACCUACAAUAUUCAACUCCAUAGCUAAUGUGUUAGAGGGAAUCUUGGAUUAUCUACAUAUUGUUCGAAGCAAAAAGGUGCCAAUAUCAAUCCUUCAUGAUGUUAGUGGAAUAAUCAAGCCUGGCAGAAUGACAUUACUUUUAGGCCCUCCAGCCUCUGGAAAGACUACAUUGAUGUUGGCUUUGGCAGGAAAGCUUGAUAAAGAUCUGAAAUUCUCUGGGAAAAUAAAUUACAAUGGUCAUGGAAUGGAGGAGUUUGUCCCACAAAGGACAGCAGCUUAUAUCAGUCAACAAGAUCUCCACAUAGGAGAAAUGACAGUGAGAGAAACCUUUUCUUUUUCUGCAAGAUGUCAAGGGGUGGGAACUCGUUAUGAUAUAUUGACAGAGCUGUCAAAAAGAGAAAAAGACGCAAACAUUAACCCAGAUCCUGACCUUGAUCUUUUCUUGAAGGCAGCUUCACUAGAAGGACAGGAGUUCAACAUCGUCACGGAUUAUAUUCUAAAGACUUUGGGACUUGAGAUUUGUGCUGAUACCAUGGUGGGAGAUGAAAUGCUGAGAGGUAUCUCUGGAGGACAAAGAAAGCGUGUCACAACAGGGGAGAUGCUGGUUGGACCAGCAAGGGCACUUUUCAUGGAUGAGAUAUCAACUGGUUUGGAUAGUUCAACAACAUUUCAGAUUGUGAAUUCAAUUAAGCAAUACAUCAACAUUCUAAGUGGAACAGCUCUCAUCUCUCUUCUCCAGCCAGCACCUGAUACUUACGAGCUCUUUGAUGACAUUAUUCUCCUAUCAGAUGGGCAGAUUGUGUAUCAGGGGGGCCGUGAGCAUGUGCUUGAUUUUUUUGAAUCUGUGGGUUUCAAAUGUCCUGAAAGGAAGGGAAUAGCAGACUUCUUGCAAGAGGUGACAUCGAGGAAAGAUCAAGAACAGUACUGGGCUCAUAAGGAUAAUCCUUACAGAUUUAUUCCUGUCAAGGAAUUUGUCGAGGCAUUCCACUCAUUCCACGUUGGUCAGAGGCUAGCAGAUGAACUUGCCACCCCAUUUGAUAAGAGGAAGAGUCAUCCUGAUGCCUUAACUACUGAUAAAUAUGGUGUUACCAAGAAGGAACUCUUGAAAGCCUGCUUUUCAAGAGAACUAUUGCUGAUGAAAAGAAAUUCAUUUGUCUACGUUUUCAAGAUCAUGCAGCUUACUGUUGUGGCAUUCUUAACAAUGACAGUCUUCAUGGGCACUGAGAUGCACAAAGAUUCAGUAACGCGUGGUGGGAUUUUUAUGGGUGCUUUGUUCUUUAUUCUCACCAUGAUAAUGUUUCAUGGAAUACCAGAGCUUUCUAUGACUGUUAUGAAGCUUCCUGUAUUUUACAAGCAAAGAGACCUCCUAUUCUAUCCUUCAUGGGCAUACUCACUGCCCACAUGGAUCCUAAAGAUUCCUAUUUCACUUAUCGAAGUUGCUCUUUGGGUGUUCAUAACUUACUAUGUCAUAGGCUUUGACCCAAAUGUUGGAAGACUUUUCAAACAGUUCCUUCUACUCGUAUGUGUGAGCCAAACAGCAUCUGGAUUGUUCCGAUUAAUUGCCUCACUAGGAAGGAACAUGGUUGUUUCAAUUACAUUUGGGUCCUUUGGAUUAUUUAUGCUCAUGGUUCUAAGUGGAUUUGUCUUGUCACAAGAUGAUAUAAAGAAAUGGUGGAAAUGGGGCUAUUGGAUCUCUCCUAUGACGUAUGGGCAAAAUGCUUUAGUAGUGAACGAGUUCCUUGGGAAAAGUUGGAGUCAUCUUCUACCCAAUGGAGAGACUCUGGGAGUGGCAGUCCUGAAAUCCCGUGGGGUCUUCAUUGACGCUUAUUGGUAUUGGAUUGGUGUAGGGGCAUUGACUGGUUAUGUUUUCCUAUUCAAUGUUUUAUUCACAGUGGCUCUUGCUUAUCUCAAUCCAUUUGGGAAACCUCAGGCAGUAAUAUCUGAAGAGAGCUUGAAGGAUAAACAUGCCAGCAGGACCGGAAAAAUAAUUGAUCUAUCAUCCAUAGGAAAGAGCUAUGCAGCUAGUGGGCAUUUUUCUGAUCAAAACAACAUAAAUCCACAAUCAGGAGAUGAAAUUAAAACAAGUAUUUCAUCUGAUUAUUCAUCUACAAGGGUGGAGGGCAAUGAAGCCAAUCAGAGCAAGAGGCGGGGAAUGGUUCUUCCAUUUAAACCUCUUUCCCUCACUUUUGAUGAAAUCAGAUACUCUGUUGACAUGCCACAGGAAAUGAAAGCACGAGGCGUUAAAGAGGACCGGCUAUUGCUUCUAAAGGGAGUGAGUGGAGCUUUUAGGCCAGGAGUCCUUACAGCUCUAAUGGGUGUUAGUGGCGCUGGUAAGACCACUUUGAUGGAUGUGUUGGCUGGAAGGAAAACUGGAGGAUAUAUCGAAGGAAGCAUCAAGAUAUCUGGCUACCCAAAGAAACAAGAAACAUUUGCUCGUGUAUCAGGAUACUGUGAACAGAACGAUAUCCACUCUCCUCAUGUUACGGUCUAUGAAUCCUUGCUCUAUUCUGCUUGGCUUCGGUUAGCUCCUGAAAUCAAUUCUUGCGCUAGAAAGAUGUUCAUUGAAGAUGUCAUGGAUCUUGUAGAGCUGGACUCAUUGAGGGAAGCAUUGGUUGGGCUUCCAGGUGUGAAUGGUCUCUCAACAGAGCAGCGCAAGAGGCUGACCAUCGCAGUUGAACUCGUUGCCAACCCUUCAAUUAUAUUCAUGGAUGAACCAACAUCUGGCCUGGAUGCAAGGGCAGCUGCAAUAGUGAUGAGAACAGUGAGAAACAUUGUGGACACUGGACGAACUGUGGUUUGCACAAUCCAUCAGCCAAGCAUUGACAUAUUUGAUGCUUUUGAUGAGCUAUUCUUAUUGAAGCAAGGAGGAGAAGAAAUAUAUGCAGGCCCAAUAGGGAGACACUCUUAUCAAUUGAUCAAUUACUUCGAGGCAAUAGAAGGAAUUAGUAGGAUAAAAAAUGGAUAUAAUCCAGCGACAUGGAUGUUGGAGGUAACAGCAACAGUCCAAGAAGCAGCUUUGGGGGUAAACUUCAGUGACAUAUAUAAGAACUCAGAACUAUACAGGAGGAACAGAGCAAUGAUUGAGGAAUUGAGUAAACCUGCCCCUCGUUCAAAAGACCUCUAUUUCCCUACUCGGUAUUCCCAAUCUUUCUUCACGCAAUGCAUGGCUUGCCUCUGGAAACAGCAUUGGUCCUACUGGAGGAAUCCACAAUACACUGCAGUGAGGCUCUUCUUCACAACUUUCAUGGCUCUGUUGAUUGGGACAAUUUUUUGGAAUCUUGGAACUAGGACGGAGAGGCAGCAGGAUCUCUUUAAUGCAAUGGGUUCUAUGUAUGGUGCUGUUCUUUUUCUUGGGAUACAAAAUGCUGGCUCAGUGCAGCCAGUUGUAUCGGUCGAGCGGACUGUUUUUUAUAGAGAGAGGGCUGCUGGGAUGUAUUCAGCUAUGGCAUAUGCCUUUGCCCAAGUUUUGAUUGAGGUUCCACAUAUCUUCAUACAGACUGUUAUAUAUGGGAUUAUGGUGUAUUCAAUGAUUGCAUUUCAAUGGACUGCUGUGAAAUUCUUUUGGUAUCUGUUCUUCAUGUACUUCACAUUGUUAUACUACACCUUUUAUGGUAUGAUGGCAGUGGCCAUGACACCCAACCCACACAUUGCUGCUAUAGUUUCCUCAGCAUUUUAUGCACAAUGGAACCUUUUCUCAGGAUUCAUAAUUCCAAGACCAAGCAUUCCUAUCUGGUGGAGGUGGUACUACUGGGCUUGCCCUGUUUCGUGGACAUUGUAUGGCUUGGUUGUGUCACAGUUUGGAGAUUUACAGAACAAGCUUGAAUCAGGCAAAACAGUUGAAGAAUUUCUAAGGGAUUAUUUUGGCUUCAAACAUGAUUUCCUAGGAGUGGUCGCAGUCGUCAUUGUUGCAUUCAGUGUGCUUUUUGCAGUCAUCUUUGCUUUUUCAAUACGGGUAUUUAAGUAUCAGAAAAGAUAA